AAAGUCAUGGCAGCAAGAGAAUCAUAAAAGUUUUGAGCUGCGUGUAGUGUAAACAUUUCCUCGCCAUUCUGAGCUCAAGCAAUGCCUUCGAAAAAACUUGGAGCUCGAAAAUACGCCAGAAUGGUAGAGAGGUAUUUUGAAUUGAUGUAUCAUCCAAAAGCUGUAGGCUUGUCAGAAAUGAAUUCACCUGGAACUGAUGCAGCUCAAGAAAAUGGAGCAUCUUCACCAACAGUUAGUGUCACUAAUUCUGAAACAAUUGAAAAGAACAAAAAAUUUACGGUCUAUAAAGUUGUAGUUGAAGCUGCAGGAAGUAAAUGGUUUGUCUUCCACAGGUAUAAUGAUUUUAGCAAGCUCUUAGAUGUACUCAAAAGGCAAUACCCUAAUGUACCCUUGAAAUUACCUGGAAAAAAGCUGUUUGGAAAUAAUUUCAGUUCUGAUUUCAUAAGAAAUAGACGUCAGGGAUUGAAUGAAUUUGUUCAGAAACUUGUUACAGAGCCUUGUCUAUUGCAAAGCCCUGAAGUUAGAGAAUUUUUAAAUGUUGAUAAAAAUUUGAUGCCAAUUUCACCUGAUGGGAAAGAGCCAUUAGAUAAAGUUCAAGAUCUUGCAGAGGCAUUAUAUUCUGAAACUACUGAUAGUGACAAAGCAGAAGAGAAACCUGUAGAUCUGGGACCAAAGGAAAAGAAAAAUGUGAAACCCAACGAUUUCGAAUUUUUGAAAGUUAUUGGAAAAGGAAGCUUUGGUAGAGUUCUGUUAGCUAAACAUAAAGCUGAAGGCAAUAUAUAUGCAGUGAAGGUUCUUCAAAAGAAAAUGAUUUUGAAAAGAAAUGAGAAAAAUCAUGUUAUGAGUGAGAGAAAUGUUCUUCUUAAAAAUUUACAUCAUCCUUUCCUUGUUGGACUUCAUUAUGCAUUUCAAACCCCUGAUAAACUUUACUUUGUUCUGGAUUAUGUAAAUGGAGGAGAGCUGUUUUUCCAUCUUCAACGAGAAAGAUAUUUUCCUGAACCAAGAGCACGUUUCUAUGCUGCUGAAAUAACAAGUGCUUUGGGUUACUUGCAUGCAGAAGGAAUCAUAUAUAGGGAUUUGAAGCCAGAAAACAUUCUUUUGGACUAUCAGGGUCAUGUCGUGUUGACAGAUUUCGGGUUAAGCAAAGAAGGUCUUGCUGAAAAAGACACAACAACAACUUUCUGUGGAACACCUGAGUAUUUAGCUCCAGAGGUUUUGAGAAAGCAAGCUUAUGAUAAAGCUGUUGAUUGGUGGUGUCUUGGAGCUGUAUUGUAUGAAAUGUUAUAUGGCCUGCCUCCAUUUUACAGUAAAGAUACUCUGGAAAUGUAUCAGAACAUUCUGAAUAAGCCUCUCAGGUUGAGAACAAAUAUUUCAAUACCUGCUCGAAAUCUUCUGGAGGGGCUAUUACAGAAAGAUAAAACCAAGCGACUAGGUGCAGUCCGUGAUGUAGAUGACAUUAAAAGUCAUGAAUUCUUCCGUGUCAUCAACUGGAAUGAUUUAGAAGCUAAAUCUGUUCCACCUCCAUACAAUCCAAAUGUGAGAGGUCAAAUGGACCUGAAAAAUAUUGAUCCGGAAUUCAUUCGUGAGCCAGUUCCAGCAUCUUUGGCGAGAUCACAUAGUUUAAGUGCCAGUGUACAAGAUGCUGAUGUUGCUUUCCCGGGAUUUUCAUAUGCUCCUUCUUCUGAGAUGUGAAAUUCUUGUUGAAAGAUCACAUUCAAAGCAGGUGGAUUGGAAGUUGUAUUAUAAACUAUUUAAUAUCUGCAAAUGACGUGUAAACCUAUUUAAAUUUAUAUUGUUAAAAAAGUUAUAUAUAGUUGAUUAUUUUUAUAGAAUUAUUGAAAUAUAUGUUCCCUAAAAAUAUUUUUC